GCCCGGAGGUCCAUGGCGUAGAGUGGGCAGCUGCGGGGGCUACGGGGACCAGUGUUUGAGGGGCGUGAUGGGGGAGGCGGCUGUGGCCGCGGGGCCUUGUCCGCUGCGCGAGGACAGCUUCACACGCUUCUCGUCUCAGAGCAAUGUGUACGGGCUGGCGGGCGGCGCGGGUGGGCGCGGGGAGCUGCUGGCCGCCACCCUUAAAGGCAAGGUGCUAGGCUUCCGCUACCAAGACCUCCGACAGAAAAUCCGGCCCGUGGCCAAGGAGCUGCAGUUCAAUUACAUUCCCGUGGACGCAGAGAUUGUCUCCAUCGACACCUUCAACAAGUCACCCCCAAAGCAGGGCCUGGUGGUGGGGAUCACGUUCAUCAAGGAUUCAGGGGACAAGGGCAGCCCCUUCCUUAACAUCUACUGUGACUACGAGCCUGGCUCUGAGUACAACCUGGACUCCAUUGCCCAGAGCUGCCUGAACCUGGAGCUCCAGUUCACUCCUUUCCAACUGUGCCAUGCAGAGGUCCAGGUUGGGGAUCAACUGGAGACCGUGUUUCUCCUGAGUGGGAAUGACCCGGCCAUUCAUCUCUACAAGGAGAACGAGGGGCUGCAUCAGUUUGAAGAACAGCCCGUGGAAAACCUCUUCCCAGAGCUCACGAACCUGACCAGUAGUGUCCUCUGGCUUGACGUGCACAACCUGCCCGGCACGUCCCGGCGACUCUCAGCUCUCGGCUGUCAGAGCGGUUAUGUCCGUGUCGCCCACGUAGACCAGCAGAGUCGAGAGGUUCUGCAGACUUGGACGAUCCUGCAGGACGGCCCCAUCUCCCGAGUGAUCGUGUUCAGCCUCUCGGCCCCCGAGGAGACCGAGGACAGGCCACAGCGGGAGGAGUACAGCGUGCUGGUGGCCAGCAUGUUGGAACCAGCGGUGGUGUAUCGGGACCUGCUGAGCCGGGGCCUCGAGGACCAGCUUCUCCUACCUGGCAGUGGCCAGUUCGACAGCGUCCUCUGUGGCCUGGUCACUGACAUCGAUUUGGACGGGCGGCCGGAGGUCCUGGUGGCCACCUACGGACAGGAGCUGCUCUGUUACAAGUACUGCAGCCCAGAGCGCGGGCUCCCCGGGGCCCAGCGUGGCUUCCACUUGCUGUGGCAGCGGAGCUUCUCUAGCCCCCUGCUGGCCAUGGCGCACGUGGACCUGACCGGGGACGGGCUGCGCGAGCUCGCUGUGGUCUCCCUGAAGGGCGUGCACAUCCUGCAGCACAGCCUGAUCCAGGCCUCGGAGCUGGUUCUGAGCCGGCUUCGGCACCAAGUGGAGCAGAGGAGACGUCAGCCACAGAGGCUGGGGGACAGGGUGGGUGCCGGGCCUGCUGAGACCCCGGCCUCCUGAGUACCCACCCACUGCCCACCCCAGGUUCCUUGGGGUGCCCGCCUCCAGCUCUUCAUGGCGGGGGAAGCAUCCUGAAGGAGGCACUGGCCUCCCCAGACACCCCAGGGUGGUGGAGCGGUGGGUCCUGCUCUGGCUCCGCCCCAGCGUGCCCUGUGACCCCCACUCCCCUCUCUGUGCCUCAGUGUCCCCAUUUGAAAAUGGGAUGAUCCCACCCCACCCCGCCUCUGUCCCCUUGAGACUCGGUCCGUGGUGAUUAUUUCUGUGUCCAGAGGAACCAAACU